AUGGCUUUCUGUCGCAACAGUGUUUACACCAGCGAUUAUGAGGGCAUCGAACGCAACACCAACUUUAGAACAUACCUUGGCAAGCGAGGGGUUGGGAUUCCGAAAAGAUGUCGAUGUGGUGGGGACGUUGAUCUUCGCACCGCUCAUGAUGGUAGGAAAUUCUUCGAGUGCACGAAUGACACCAUGGAUGGUCAGGCACACGUUAAAACGUGGUGGGAGGAAGCUAUCACCGAGCAGUUUGAUGAGCUUUACAACGAGCUGGAUGAAAACAAGUUUUUUAGGUGUUUCAAACCCUUAAUCCCUGCUCAUAUCAUUGCAGCAUAG